AUGAUUCCUGUGCUUGAUGCCCGAGAUGUAGAACAAUUGAGUAAGAAUAACAUUACGCACAUUCUUUCAAUUCACGACAGUGCCCGCCCUAUGCUCGAGGGAGUGAAGUAUCUGUGCAUUAACUCACCCUCACAGAACUUGGCAAGGCAUUUCAGAGAGAGCAUAAAAUUUAUUCACGAGUGCCGGCUUACAGGUGAAGGCUGCCUAGUUCAUUGCCUUGCAGGUGUCUCCAGGAGUGUAACACUGGUAGUUGCUUAUAUCAUGACCAUCACGGACUUUGGUUGGGAAGAUGCACUGUCUGUUGUGCGUGCAGCGAGAUCCUGUGCCAAUCCUAACAUGGGCUUCCAGAGGCAGCUACAGGACUUUGAAAAACACAGUGUGGAUCAGUUCAGGCAGUGGCUGAAAGAAGAAUACGGGGAAAACUCUUCUCAGGAUCUGCAAGAAGCCAAAAAUCUUCUGAGCAAAUAUAAAGAGCAGGCAGAGUUGCAGCAGAACACUGGAGGAAGACAGUGGAAUAACAACUUCUCAUCUGUGCCAUCUCUCUCAUACAGCAACUACACAACAGAGACCUAAUUAUAGGAGGUUGAUUUCUUUUUUUUUUCUUUCUGCCUUUGGAAAACAUCUUGCCAUAAUUUCCAUCCCAUCUUCAAGACUCUCAGCAGUAAUCAUGCAAACAGUUGAUUUGUAGAAAGCUUCUUGGUGAAAAUACUACAUUAUGUGUGUGUUUAUGACUGUGUUUCACGCAUUUUUAUAAUUUGGGCAGGAUCAAGCUCUCUGUGUGCCCAGAAGCGUGAUCCAGUUACUGUGGCUGAGCCAGUUUGUCAGCCAGCCACAGCCAUUAUCCCCAUAUGCCCACAUUGUCUGGCAUUUGCUGUGAGGUUAGCUCAACUCCUUUCUUUGUAGGCUAGCAAAGGGCUCUGAGAGAUGAAGUCUGGUGAUUCAAGCUGUGGCAGUUUGACAUCUCUGCACUAGUAAUGUGGCAAAGUUGUUAUUGCACCUGAAGAAGGGAACUCAAGUCUGUGUCUUUGCUGCUCCUUUUCACAGUCCAUUGGCAAGUAAUACCGUGGAGGUGGGCUUGAGCUUGAAUGCUAGACUGCAGACUGGAACAGGUGAGAUAUGGGUACGUGUACCUUUCUACCGACAAUAGCAUCUAGGAGAGAAGUGGGACAGACAGCUCUGAGUAAUAAUAGCUUCAACUGCCACAGUUGUACUUGCUUCAGUGCAUGUGAGACAGAGCUGUCGGCAGAACUGCCGC